AUGCUGCAAGAUCUGCCUGUCGAGGUCAUCGAGCAGAUCGUCGGCUACCUACCCACAGCAUCAUCCGUCAUCAACCUCUCCCUUACCAAUCGCAAGAUACAUGCCAUUGUUUCUGCUAAUAACUAUGCGAUUUUUCGAUCGUUUGUUCGCAGAGCAUUUCCAACUAUCGAUACACCACCUCUAUGGAGAGAUGUCGCCCGCACGUUAACUUCCCGAUCCCGAGCCUGGGAACGUCGCGCUUUUCUUGCUCGGGAAUGUUAUCCGCCGGCCCACGACAUUGACGAUCCACAAGGUCUCGGCCGUGUACAAACAGUUGGCUACCACCCAGUCAUCGAUAGCUAUGAGGUUUGGCAAGGUGUCUCUUGGGGAAGUCGAAAAGAAGUCCUUGCUUGGGGAGCAGCAGGCAGAUUGCGAACUCGGACCGUAAAAGAUGGAGUAUCGACCUGGAGUUCUUUUAGAAUCCCUGAUGAUCACAGACAAGAUCUUGAUAUCCUCGAUGUCCGACUGCUACGAACGCAUCAGCAUCAUUCCACAGAUGGCGAAUCCAUCAUACUGAGAAGGGCAAAUCGAGAGAUUAUCCGUAUCGAAACUACACCUACUCCUGACGUCUUCCGGCCAAAGUCGAGAUAUGUCAUUAAAUCGGAAGAUAUUUCCUGCAUGGACGUCAGCAGGGGUCCGCAGCCACUUCUGGCUGCGUGCGAUCCUUACUCCAUUCAUCUAUUCUCCGUCAAUAGCCCAGGGAGCCACGUUCUGCCAGCAAGCUCAGUUCUGCUCGAGGACAAAUACCGCAUUCGCAGACGUCAAAGAUGCGCCAAGUUCCUGUCCGAAACAAGAUUGGCGAUCGGAGUCCAAUAUCUUGAAGGAAAAGACCGAGCGCCCAUCAACAUAUACGACAUCGGCCAAGCCGGAGUGUCGCCCACUCCGCUGGCAGAAUCACUGUCCUAUUCCGAACCCAACGCACCGUGCUCGAGUCGACACAGCGCCCACGUCAUUUGCCCACUAGAUGACUCUGGCCCCAACACUUGCUCUCCCGGCCAAAUGUUCUUGUCAGGCUGGACUGAUGGCGUCGCCAGGCUACACGACACACGCGUCCUCCGAAAACCCGUCGCAGAAUACGUCGACUAUGUAGACGACGGACAAAUCCUCUCCCUUCUGCCAAUUGGCCGCGAACGCUUCUUGGCAGGAAGCCAUCAGAACGGAUGCUUGAAGACUUUUGACUUUCGCAUGCCAGGGGCGAAACCCUACUCAUACCUCGACGCUCGACCACCAAUAGACCCUCAAUACGGCGAACCGAUCCCCUCCCUUCGGCAACCUUUUGACCGGAAUGAAGAACCCCGGCAAAGAGACAUUAACAUUUUCCUGACACCGUUUGUCAACCGAUACCAACGCCUCUGGCAACCUCUCCCAACUGACAGACAGCACCGCGGCAUGAACUACCGAGGCUCCGUCUACUCCCUCUCAAGCCCCUCGCCCAGCUCGCCAACCAUCUACGCUGGAAUCGAAAACCACGUGUUACGCCUCGAUUUUGUCGCCACUGACGACUAUAAGAGCGCCAAGCCUAAUCUUCUCGACCUAGUUCUAGGCUUGGAUGAUAAAUCAAGCCGCAUCUUCGAUUUCUCAUGCUACGAGCGUCAGCGGCACGGGCAUGAGACUACCGAUGCCGUCCUGCUACGGAAGCAAACCCAUCUGAGUCCCCAACUUAGAGGUAGAGGUGGACAGAUCAUGAGAUGGGAUAGCGAUCCCGAUAGCUAUCCUCAUCGUUGCUGGGCGGAAAACGGUUGGGAUGAACGCUGGAAAAUGGAAAUGUUUGACAGACGAACUCCGUGGAUGGUGGCCUCGCCGCGCUGGCGCUCGAACGGGCAUGCAAAACAGCCGUGGAGAACGAGAUAA